GUGUUGGGCUGCGUCUCUCAUUGGAUAGAGUUCCACCCUGUCGUCUUCCUUGAGAAAUGGCUACCGCGGAAGUCGAAAAGCAACGAGGGCGGUAUGCCGCUCUCUCCAUUGCCGCAAUGGUGAUAGCAGUGGGAAUUCCACUUUGGUGGAAGACUACUGAGACCUACCGUGCAUGGCUUCCCUAUUCGCAGAUCAGUGAGCUGGACUCCAUGAAUCUCCAGCUUAGUGUGGAGGUGGAAGUGGUGUUCUCCAGGGGGACCCUGACUCCUGAGCAGCAGAAGAAGAUUCCUCUGACCCAGGCCCGGGAGCAGGAGCACCAGGUGCAUGCAAACACACGCCUGAAGUACAGGUACGAGACCAAGUACCGCACAGCCACUGUCAUGGAAGAAGAUGCUCUGGGCCAGCCCACAGCUCAGGAGGCUGACCUGGCUCUCCACAGACUGAGUGAGAGCCCGUGUGGCUCAGUGGUGGUGUAUGUGAUCCCAGAAUCCUCCGCGCUAUUGGCAGAGGGUGUCAGAGUGUACGUAGGCCAGCGCCGGACGGCCCUGCUGCGAGGGCAGUCGGGAAUGGCUGGGGGUCUGAAAGAGGUUUUGGGCGCCCUGGGCCCCCAGAUUGAGCAGGUGGUCCAGACCAUGUCCUUCAGCCACAGUGACAUCACGGCUGCGCUUAGCGACCGGGUCAGGGGCAGCAGGCUGAGCAGGGAUGGGCUGGCCGACAGCAUGAGAGCAUUCAAGUCCAGUCCAGGUUAUGAGAUCACCUUCAGCCUCUUGAACCCAGACCCAAAGUCCCACCGGCUGCAGUGGGACAUCGAGGGAGCGGUGCGCAGCUACAUACAGCCUCUGCUGGACAAGCUGGCCCCUGUCGCCAAUUUCUCAGUAGAUUCACAGAUCCUGUACUACGCGGUCCUGGGGGUGAACCCGCGUUUUGACAACGGCGUUUCAGCGUACACUCUGAGCGCAGACAGCCUUGCACACGUCAUCAACCCUGUGGAAGCCAGGCUCGGGUCCAACGCAGCCUCCUCAAACCCUGUGCUGAACUUCCUUUUGUACGUGCCUGAUGCUCAACACUCUCCACUCUUCAUCCGGAACCACAAUAAACACACGGUGCCCACCAAUGCCUUCCAUAGUCCCCGAUGGGGUGGCAUCAUGGUGUACAACGUGAAUGACCACUAUGGACCAGAUGCCCAGUUCCCCGUCACCAUUAACAUCGACAUGGCGCGUGUGAUGGGCGUCUUCCUGGCCCAAUUACGGCUCAUGCUGGGGGUACAGCAGACCCGGCCUCCCCCCGGCUUCGCUCUCCAGAGCCCGGGGAGCGCAGGGCUGACGGACUGGGAGCUGGACCGCCUGCUCUGGAGCCGCAGCGUGGAGAACAUAGCCACGGCCAGCACCACCAUCACCUCCCUGGCCCAGCUGCUGGACCAGAUCGGCAACAUCGUCAUCAACGACAACAUCGCCCAGCAAGUAUACAGCGCUGUGACAUCACUGCAGGCUGCGGUGGCGGAGCUGGAGGCGGGAAACCUGGCCUUCGCGCUGCAGUACAGCCGCGAGGCCAUCCUGGCGUCCGAGAGGGCCUUCUUCGACCCUUCCCUCCUGCACUUGCUGUACUUCCCCGACGACCAGAAGUUUGCCAUCUACAUCCCCCUCUUCCUGCCCAUGUGCGUCCCCAUCCUGCUCUCCCUGCUGAACAUGGCUGGGGAACUCAAGCAGAGACGCUCAGAGCAGCGCGCCAAGAGAGACUGAGAUGCGCUGCUGCGGGCACAUGCGCUCCUGACAACAUACGCACAAACUCUGACCACACAAAUGCCCUCUGACAACACACAAACGCUAAUGCACAUACAAACACCUACAAAUGAACGCAUGCAGGCUGCAGGGUAGCUCAUCCUGUUGAGUCUAGCUCAUCCUGUUGAGGCACUGUCGUAGUGCGUGAGUGGGUCUGUUAUCAAAUCCGGACCGUGCUAAUUGGCUGAUGCCCCCCACUAAGGCUACAUGCGAUUGGCUCCAGCGCUGCCCAGAGAUGGGAGGGUUAGAGUCAGCUGGGAUGAUGGCACCUCAUAGUGCACCAGUGAUUUCUUCUGGUUAAUCACUGUGGUGUGAUGAGUGAAUACUCAUUGCAUUACAUUUCAGAAUUUAGCAGACCCACUUAUAGAAAUACGUCUGGCGUCACAUGCUUUGAUGGAGGCAAGUGCUGAUAAACACAAUGGGGUAUUCCAAAUUGGGAAGGGGGCAGGGGGCAUUAAAAAAAAUGAACACACAUAUGUGUGGAGUCUGCAUGAGUGCAGACCUUGCAACCACGAGUCAAAAUUUGAAAAUUCACCAGGUUGUGCUUUUUGUUCAUUGCUUUUUCGCUAUAUUGUAUUUAUUUGUAACCUUUUUAACACUGGACUCCUGUUUUUGUUCUGUUUUUCUGAAGUCAUGAAUCUGGACAAAUAAGUGAUCUGUCAAACAAAAUAACCACAUAUUUCUGGUCUUUGUUGAGCCAAUUUGCCUUUAAGUGUCUUUGGGCAAUCUAAACCUUGUUCAUAGACCUUGGAUGACUGCAAGGAUUUGCAGAUAGAAGGAGUGAAUGACAUUGCUUGCACUAGAAAUAACAGUCUAGUUGAAAAUGGCCAUUUUCUCGAGACAGCCAUAUUGAGAGGGGGUUACCUUUCAGUCAGCACAGCAACAAAGCAGUCCGACUGCCUUGCAAAUGGGCUGAUAAAAACGGUGCAAGGAGUUGGCAGGUCACAAACAAUAGGCCAGAAAUUUAGAGUAAGUGGGGGAUAGGAAGUAAAAGAUGGCUCUGAAAGGGAGCUUCAAACUUUAUGCCACUUGAUGAACAUUUCCCCUAACUGAAGAUGCUUGUUUGCAAAAUUUGAUCCACAGAAUUUACACUACAGCUACUCAUUCUGACAUUCAUUUGCACCAAGUUGGUUCACAUUUUAUCCUGGUAACUUCUGCCAUGGUGCCAGUUUACUUUAAUGGUUGUAACAGUAACUAAUCUGUUCUAUAAAAUAUAAUCCAGUUUAAUAAAUUUAUGACCGUUAUAAAAUCGAUAACUAAUAGUUACGGCAGAAUAGUUCUGAUUUGAAAAACAUUUCCCAUGUGUUUCUAUUUUACGUUUCUGUAAGCAAGAUUAACGUCUUGUUUUCCUCCUAUGAAACUAGUUGAAACUUUGUGUUAUCUCUGUAGUCUAGGGAAGGCACAUUCUAAAUCAUUACUAGUUAUUUUCCACUCCCGAUCAGUCAAUGUAGUACUGCUCCCCAGAUGACAGUAUAAUAGCCGUUUUGGGUAUAUCGCAAUACUUCGCUUGUGCAUUAUGAUACACGAUUGUACACUGUUUCAGCACGUGUCUGUUAUUUCUUUGUCACGUGCAUGUAGCAAGAUGGCGCAGACUAGGCAUAAACUGCGCAGAUGUCCC